AAACACGCUGUUCCUCUCUGGACCCUCUCUUUCUUUCUCGAGCUCAAUCAUGGAGAUCGAUUCUGCAGAAUAUCAACUGAGCUGCGAACUUCGAGGACACGAAGAUGACGUUCGUGGUAUAUGUAUAUGUGGCAAUGCUGGAAUUGCGACUUCAUCGAGGGACAGGACUGUUAGGUUUUGGACUUUGGAUCCAUCAGAUAAGCGCAAUUAUACUGCUUGGAAAAUAUUGUUAGGGCACACUAGUUUUGUGGGCCCAUUGGCUUGGAUUGCGCCCAAUGAGGAGUUUCCGGAAGGUGGGAUCGUAUCGGGUGGGAUGGACACUCUUGUUAUGGUUUGGGAUUUGAAAACUGGAGAGAGAAUCCACACAUUGAAAGGUCAUCAAUUGCAAGUCACUGGUGUUGCAUUGGAUGAUUCGGACGUUGUGUCAUCAUCUGUUGAUUGUACUUUAAGGCGGUGGAGGAAAGGGAAGGCUGUUGAAUUUUGGGAGGCUCAUAAGGCAGCAAUCCAAGCUGUUAUAAAACUGCCUUCGAAUGAGCUUAUUACAGGUUCAAGUGACACAACAUUGAAGCUUUGGAGAGGACAAAAUUGUAUACAGACUUUUGUUGGACAUACAGAUACUGUUCGAGGCUUGGCAGUGAUGCCUGAUUUGGGAGUACUUUCUGCCUCACAUGAUGGUUCCAUCAGGUUGUGGGCACUAACUGGUGAAACAUUAAUGGAGAUGGUGGGUCACACUUCUAUUGUCUAUUCUGUUGAUUCACAUGCAUCUGGACUCAUUGUCAGUGGCAGUGAAGAUUGUUUUGCAAAGAUCUGGAAAGAUGGAGUUUGUGUUCAAAGCAUAGAGCAUCCUGGUUGUGUUUGGGAUACCAAAUUCUUGGAAAAUGGGGAUGUUGUAACUGCAUGUUCUGAUGGGGUUGUACGUAUUUGGACAGUUCAGCAGGAUAGAAUUGCCAAUUCUGUAGAACUUGAAUCAUAUUUUUCCAGACUUUCUCAAUUCAAGAUCAGCAGGAAAAGAGUUGGUGGAUUGAAAUUGGAAGACUUACCAGGGCUAGAAGCUUUACAGAUUCCAGGGACUAGUGAUGGCCAGACUAUAGUUGUCAGAGAAGGGGACAAUGGCAUGGCAUAUUCUUGGAAUUUGAGAGAACAGAAGUGGGAUAAGAUUGGAGAAGUUGUUGAUGGACCUGAUGAUACCAUGGCGCGUCCUGUUCUUGAUGGAAUACAAUAUGAUUAUGUAUUUGAUGUUGAUAUUGGAGAUGGAGAGCCUAUCCGUAAAUUGCCCUACAAUCGAUCAGAUAACCCUUAUUCUACUGCUGACAAGUGGCUUCUCAAGGAGAACCUUCCACUUUCCUAUCGCCAACAAGUUGUUGAGUUUAUACUGCAAAAUUCUGGACAAAAGAAUUUUGCUUUGGACACAUCAUAUCGCGAUCCCUACACUGGUGCUAAUGCUUAUGUGCCUGGAGAAUCUUCCAACAAGUCUGUAGCAGCUGUUCCAGUGAAACCUUCUUUCAAGCAUAUUCCUAAGAAAGGAAUUCUUGUCUUUGAUGCAGCUCAGUUUGAUGGGAUUCUCAAAAAGAUUUCAGAGUUUAACAAUGCUCUAAUAUCUGACCCGGAGAAGAAGAGCUUGUCGCUCACUGAGGUUGAGAUUUCCAGACUGGUUGCUGUUGUUAAAAUUUUGAAGGAAACAUCACGUUAUCAUUCCAGUACUUUUGCAGAUGUUGACAUUGCUUUGAUGCUGAAAUUGCUAAAGUCAUGGCCAAUUGCAAUGAUUUUUCCAGUUAUUGAUAUUCUGAGGAUGAUCAUCCUGCAUCCAGAUGGGGCCAUUAGACUUCUCAAGCUUCUUGAAGAUGAAAACGAUGUACUAAUGGACAUGAUCAAGAAAAUUACAGUAAGUCCUGCACUUGCAGCGAAUCUUUUAACCAGCAUCCGUGCUGUGUGUAAUCUCUUCAAGAAUUCAUGCUACAGCAACUGGUUACUGAAUCAUCGCAGUGAGAUUCUUGAUGCAUUCUCAAGUUGUAAUUCAUCUUCAAAUAAGAAUGUACUGCUGUCUUAUUCUACCUUGCUACUCAAUUAUGCUGUGUUCUUAAUUGAAAAGAAGGAUCAAGAAGGCCAAUCUCAUGUGCUUUCAGCAGUUCUUGAGAUUGCAGAAGGGGAAAAUCUGGAUGUUGAUUCAAAAUACCGAGCGUUAGUUGCCAUUGGAACACUGAUGCUUGAAGGUUCUGUGAAAAAGAUAGCAUUGGACUUUGAUGUUGAGAGUAUUGCCAAAGCAGCAAAGGUUUCUAAAGACGCAAAGGUUGCUGAAGUUGGAGCUGACAUUGAACUCUUAACGAAACAGAAUUGAAUCUGUUAGUCCCUGCAGGAUGGAAAACAUAAUUACAGAGGCUAGACGGGAUCCUUGAAAUGGUGAUCAACUGCCGAGUUAAUUGAUUGCCUUAGUGUCCAUGGGAACUAUUCUACAGUGGCAGGAGAACCAGGCAAUACGCAAUUCUGGAUAUAUAGGAGAGAAACUGAUACACCAUACCAAAAAGGCACUCAGUACAUUGGGGAAACUGAUAAACUGUGCCAGGGGUUUUUGAUUUAUCUACUUAAGCCCCAUGGGAACUUUAUGGCACCAAUUUCAACAUUUUGGGCCUCGUACCAAAUGGUGGAGGGGAGCGAAGUGAGAAUAUUUGUCAACUUUUACGGCCGAACUUUGCUUUUUUUUUUCUUUUGAUCUGAUUAUUUCGGCUGUAUUCGGAGUUGUUACGAGUAAAGCCAGUGUUGCAUGCAAA